UGGCAAGGUAUGUACGCUCCACGUGGCUCCUCCUUUAUUUCGCUAAAUUUUAACUAUUUUUCGCAGAACGGGCGUUUUAAUUGUCGACACGAUAGUUAGGAAAUCAUGGGCAAGCCAAGAGGUCUGCGCACUGCUAGGAAGCAUGUGAACCACCGUCGUGACCAGCGUUGGGCUGACAAGGACUACAAGAAGGCUCACUUGGGCACCAGAUGGAAGGCCAAUCCCUUCGGAGGUGCUUCCCACGCCAAGGGAAUCGUGCUCGAGAAGGUUGGUGUUGAAGCCAAACAGCCUAACUCUGCCAUCCGCAAGUGCGUGAGGGUUCAGCUGAUCAAGAACGGAAAGAAGAUCACCGCCUUCGUACCCCGUGACGGUAGCUUGAACUACAUUGAGGAGAACGACGAGGUUCUGGUUGCCGGUUUCGGUCGUAAGGGCCACGCCGUCGGUGAUAUUCCCGGUGUGCGUUUCAAGGUUGUCAAGGUGGCCAACGUUUCUCUGCUGGCUCUCUACAAGGAGAAGAAGGAGCGCCCAAGAUCUUAGAUGAUGCUACAUCUAAUAUUUUUCCAGACGAACAGAGUUAGGGUUUUACAAAACUAAAUAAAAAAAAAAAAAAGAAACAA